AUGAUUUUUUUCUUUCAUUCUUUCUUUUUUCUUUCUUCAUAUCCUCAUAUAUCUACUUUUUACUUAAUUUCUUUCUUUCUUUCUUUCUUUCUUUCUUUCUUUCUUUCUUCAUAUAUCUUCUUCUGCGAUCUACAAACGUUUUUCUUUCGUUUUGCAUUCUUUCUUUCUUUUUCUCUUUGCUUUUCUAUGAUGCAUCUACAGACGCUUUUCUUUUUUGUGUUCUUUAUUUAUCAAUUUUCUCUGAUUUUUUCUUACUUUCUUCCUUUCUGUCUAUCUUUCUUUCUUUCUUCAUAUACUCAGAAAUCUUUCCCUGUGCGAUUCAACUACAAAUGUUUUUAUUUCGUUUUGCUUUCAUCUUUCUUUCUUUCUUUCUUUCUUUCUUUCUUUAUAACUUCAAAAAUACUUCUGUCUGCGAUGCUUCUACAAACAUUUUCUUUUUCGUCUUUCUUUCUUCCUAUCGUCAUUAAUCUUUCGGUACGUGAUGCAUUUUUCUUUCUUUCAUUCUUUCUUUCUUUCUUUCUUUCUUUCUUUCUUUCUUUCUUUCUUUCUAUCUUUCAACCUAUCUCUAUUAAUCUUUAUGUAUGUGAUGCAUCUAGGAACGUUUUUCUCUCUUUCUUUCUUUCUUUCUUUCUUCCUUUCUUACUAUCUUUCUUUCUUUCUUCCUUUCUUUCUUUCAGCCUAUCUCUAUCAAUCUUUAUCAUCUACCAAUGUUUUUUUUUCUAUUUGCUUUGUUUCAUUUGUCUUUCUUUGUUUCCUUCUGUCUUUCUCUCUUUUUGUCUUUCUUUCUUUCUUUUUGUCUUUCUUUAA